ACGUACAAUAUUAAUCCACAUCUCAACUUACGUCUCACCAUACCAAACACACAACAUACAAAGACGACGAGCUAGAAUACAUUAUGAAGGUCGCCGCCAUUAAUGCUUUUUCUCCCAUAGUAAUUGCUCUUGUUGUACUGGGAUGCAUCACCAUCUCUUACUGCCCGUUCACUGCAGCCACGGUCACGUGCAGCGGAGGACAUUUGAGCUCCGGCGACGCUCUGUCGACGGCGAGGGACCAAUUGUUCACCGACCUGAUAAGCUACACAUUCUGGAACUCCUACUCACAGUACUGCACGCAUUACCCCGCCGCCGGCACGACGAGCACCAUGUACGGCAUGGCCAACUGCGCCAUGUCGAAGAAGUGCGGCGCCAACUACUGUUCCACGGUGUACAAGGAUUGCAACCACUGCCUGACCACCGCUCGGUAUCAUCUCAUGUUGAAAUGCGGAGACAGAGAGGGCGGUUUUGUUGAGAUUGUGGACGACCAACUGUUGCAGUGUACCAUGCAGUUUGUGUUGGAUACGACGCUUUGCCAGUGAUUUGAUUUCGUGUUUUUGAUCAUGUGAAAUUAUUUGCUAUGUUGUGGUAGCUACUGUUUCAGCCGCGGCUGGGUUGGUUUCUGUUUUCUGGAAUAAAAGUUAAGAAGGUAAUGCAAGGAACGUCGUUAAUUAUUUCCAUAAACCUGCAAAAAUUCCUUGUAAAUCGGUACGGUAUCGAUAUAUCAAUAUCAAAUAUCGAAAUCUCGAAUACCAAUUAGUAUCAUAAAUUCAAUCUCAAUUCUCAAUCUAAUUCCCAAAAUAAAUUCGGCAUCUCAAUCUCUAAAAUUUUAUUCGGUAUCGAUAUAUACAAAAUACCAAAUUGAUUUUCUUCAAAAUUAUAAAGCAAAUAGACAAAUGCACAAAUUAAUCUUCUCCGCAAACUAUUUUGAAAAUAUAUAAAAACAAAAAACUAUAUGGUGCCAACACUCGUGUUAAAACUUGAAAUGAACGAUGCUGCAUCCCAGAAGAAAAUACAGAGCAAUCGCCAAUGAAGAAUUCAUAAUUAACCUUUUUUUUUUUAAUGUUGAAACUUGAAAAUACCGAUGGCCAACUCUGAUCAAUAUUUAGUUAGAUGUAAGUUGAGAUUGGAUUAUAUGGAGAGAUUCGGGCGGCUAAUGUGUGCUGUUUUCUAAGUCCUCCAAACAUGUAUGCAAGUGACGGUUCCCAGAAGCAACUCAUUUUAUUAUUAAAAUGUAGUUUCAAUUUUUCACGUAACUAACACCAUUUCGGUGCAGUGAGUUAACUAUAUAUAUAUAUUUGCUGUUAAAGUUAAAUUUGCUGGUCAGGAAAGAAUUAUUCCCUUUUGUGCAUAUGUAUUCAAAGUGGGAUUGAAAAACCUUACCGUACCUGCGAUUCGAUCAGAAAAACCUACUCAUGGAAGGGAGAUUGGUAGGCGGUGUUUAGCGGUAUGAAAUGGUUGGAUCACGAUUAAACCACUGUUUUAGUCUAAAAUACCCUACCGCUGAGUUUUCCGGUACAUUAUUUUAAUCCUUGAUUCAAUUGCCGAUAUUCUAGCUUUAAUGAUGUCAAUUUGAACCCGUUUUGUUGGGUGUUGCUUGAUUUGAUUUGAAUUGAAUGAGUAAUAUACCAGAUCAGUAUUAUUGUGAGGUGAGACCUGUGGGUAUUAUUUUUUUCCUGUUAUAUUGAUGUGUCUCAAUAUUUGUUAUAUAUCAUCAUAUAAUAUUAAUACUAGCACUUAAAAUUCAUAAUUCAAUUUCUUAAAACAAAUUCUAGAAUUGGUGAAUAGUUUUCACCCAUUUUGUGAGUGCACCGUAGAAGGCUAGAAGCCACCAUGUACAUAUAUUUUUAAUACACAUUUAAUUAAGCU